AUGUCUCUGUCCAUUGCACGCCGUCUCACUAGGGGAGGAGUCCUCUCUCAAUCUGCAAUCUCUCCUGCUCGGUACCUGAUGCGAUCCUCGAUUUCGUCCCGGCUGUCCUCCAACAACGCGCCUCAGUCUUCCUCCUCGAGCCGGCGCCCAUCUCCCGCACCGCAGAACGACCGAUCGCAAUUCAAGGUCCUCCCCAUCGUCAUUAUCAUGGCCAUUGGAUCUGGGUCAUAUGCUCUUCUCGUCAAGUCUCGCACUGGACAGGCUCCUCAGCGUCAAACUUAA